GAUACAAAUUUGGUACAAAUUGAAACUAAGUUUUUUUUGUAAAGUGAGCUCUGCCUUGCGUAGAUCGGACUUCUCCAUCGCCGACCCCGACUGCUCAGCCGUCGCCCAGCGUCGUCUUCUCUUGCGCCGUCUCUGCCCAGUAGCCUCCACCGUGAAUCUCCUUGCUUGCUGCCCCUCCUCCGACCGUCGCACUCAGUUCUCUCUGCCGACCAAUUACAUCUCUUGGGUCCUCAGGACAACCCAAUUCGCCGUUUCUCUCCCUAAAAAGGAGUUGUUGGUGGAGUAGCCAGAAAGAAAGUACGAUAUGGCCAAGAAAGCUAGCUCGAAGUUAAACAUCGCUGUAAUUCAUCCCGAUCUUGGAAUAGGUGGAGCUGAGAGAUUGAUUGUUGAUGUGGCUGUUGAACUUGCGUCACAUGGGCAUAAAGUUCAUGUCUUCACUUCACACCAUGACAAGAAUCGAUGUUUUGAGGAGACGGUUUCUGGCACGUUUCCAGUCACAGUGUAUGGUUCUUUUUUACCUCGACAUAUAUUCUACCGUUUUCAUGCUCUGUGUGCUUAUCUUCGGUGCCUUUUUGUUGCACUCUGUGUAUUAGUCAUGUGGUCGUCUUUUGAUGUAAUUUUAGUAGACCAAGUUUCUGUUGCCAUUCCAUUAUUGAAGCUCAAAAAAUCAACUAAGGUUGUAUUCUAUUGUCAUUUUCCAGAUUUGUUGCUUGCUCAGCACACAACUCUUCUUAGGAGGGUUUACAGGAAGCCUAUUGACUUUGUAGAAGAAAUGACAACCGGAAUGGCAGAUCUAAUUCUUGUUAAUAGCAAGUUUACGGCCUCCACUUUUGCAAAUACGUUCAAGCAUCUUGAUGCACAAGGAGUACAACCAGCUGUUCUUUACCCUGCAGUGAAUGUGGAUCAGUUUGAUGAGCCUAAAUCUAUCAAGCCGAAUUUUUUGUCCAUCAACCGUUUUGAGAGGAAAAAGAACAUGGACUUGGCAAUUUCGGCUUUUGCUAUGCUUCACUCCCUUGAAGAUGGUGAUCUUCAAGGUUGUAAUCUGGCUGAAGUUUCACUAACUAUUGCGGGUGGUUUCGAUAAGCGCCUAAGGGAGAAUGUCGAGUACUUGAAAGUGCUAAAAAGUUUAGCAGAGAAGGAAGGUGUUUCCGAACGGGUUAAUUUUGUCACGUCUUGUUCCACAGCUGAGAGAAAUGCACUUCUCUCCCAAUGUUUAUGUGUCCUCUAUACACCAAAGGAUGAGCACUUUGGCAUUGUUCCUCUGGAGGCAAUGGCAGCACAGAAACCCGUCAUUGCAUGCAAUAGCGGGGGGCCUGUUGAGACGGUUAAACAUGGCAUAACAGGUUAUCUUUGUGAGCCUACACCACAAGAGUUCUCAUUUGCUAUGGCGAAAUUUAUUCAGGACACACAGAUGGCUGAGAGAAUGGGCAUAGAAGCACGCCGGCAUGUUACCGAGUCCUUCUCUACGAUGACAUUUGGUCGGCGUUUGAAUCAAUACCUUGUUGAGGUUGCCAGUAGUAAGAGAGACUAACAAUGUUUUGUCACAUAAUAAUGGUUGAGGUUGCCUCAUAUACUAUUAUCUUUCUGUCUGUUUUGCUAACUAAUACACAGGCUGUUGUUUUUGUUUCACUAACCAUUAUUUUAGAAGGAACGAAAUAUGGUAUUAUGAGAAAUAUAAUAGUGAUUUCGUUUGGUGUUUA